CCGCCAUUUUCUCUUGUGCAUUUUAUGUCAAUAGUUUACAAUAUCACGAAACAAGAGAAUUUUCAUUGCAACAAUUUUAUUAAAAUCUAUACAAUAAUUAAUUUAUUUUUGCAUAAAAUUGUGAAAAAAGUCAAGAAAAACUUAUGGAAAAUGUUUGUUCAUAAAAUGCAUUACGUAAUAAUGCAAUUAAAAGUGUUUUAAAAUCAAAAGAAAAAUAGAAGAAAAAUCUUUGCCCCAAAACAGAAUUGUAGUGUGUAGUAGUGAGCAAUUUGGGUUCGUUGGUUGGUUGUAUUUAAUUUUUUUAUGGUGUAUUUUGUUGAGUGAGUGAGUGUAAAGCAAGAAGCAGCAGUGCUGGGCUGACUGGCUGGCCAAACCACCUCAAGAAAAAAUUCAAGAUUGAAAAAAGUGAAAAAGCAGCAGAAGAGGCUGACAAUUUUCAAAUAUUAAUAGUGGUCAGCCAAGAAAAAUACAAGCUUAGCUUGUUGACCAAAUUGUACCAUAGGGAGACAAAAAGUCUCUUCAAGCAACAAAUACUACAAGAAAAGGAAAAUAAAUAAGACAGUGAAAAACAACUACUUGGUCGUGCGUGAUCGUUUCAAACGACAAAAAAAGAAAAAAACAAACAAAAAAGUAAAGAACGAAAAAAUCUAUGAAGAAGCAAUAAUUGUGUUUAAAAGUGGUGUGUAACAAGGAAAAACUACGUGUAUUUUUAUUAAAACUAAAAGGGUCCUUAAGAAAAACAAAAAUAUUGAAAAUAAUUUAAAACUGACGUUGGCUGUGUCGUCUGUACGGCUUGAUUAAGGAAGAAUAUAUAUUAAUAAUAAUAAAAGGCAGGCUUCCUCCUUGUUAUUCUUGUUCUUCUACUGAACUUCGCCCUCAAAACCUCAAGUGUUUUGGGUGAGGGAGGCGAAGUGCACUUCAUACACGAGCAGUUGAAUAAACGAGGGCGCUGCUGCACCUCUUUCCCUCUUCAAUUCGAUUUUCCAACAGAAGUAGCGCCCCAAGUAACGGCUACAGAGGACAUUGGAGUGUGACUUCAUACAAGUUGUAGAUUUAAUUUGAAUAAAUUAAUAGAAAACAUAAAUAACAACAUUUGGAAGCAAUAUGGCAACUAGCGAUGAUGAGCCUAUGCAUUUGUAUGAAGUAUUUCAAAAUUGUUUCAAUAAAAUAGCCAACAAACAACCAACUGGUGGUGGUGCUAAUACAGGUGGUACUGCUGAUCGCAAUGGUGGCUAUCAGUCUCCAUAUGGCGGACUCGGUGGCAUGGAGAAUGGCAUGUAUGGCGGCGAUGACUUUAAUCCAAUGCAUGAAGGAGCUUCGGCUGGUGGGGUACGUUUUUCAGGUGGUGCUCCUGUAGAGCAGUAUUUUGAUACGGGCAUUGGUAAUGGAGGAGGUCCCAGUAGUAGUGGUGGUUGGUAUGGCUCGCCUGUGCCUGGAGGUGGAAGCUAUGGGGGACAGACGGCUUAUCAGAAUAAUGGCCCCAUGGGUCCUCAUCACUUGGGGGGACCACCACAACAUCACGAUCCAGAUGGACAUCAUAUGGGUCCAAAUGCAAAUAUGGGCUUGCAAAUGGAUCCAGGCCAUGUCAACAUGCACAGUCCAGCAACGACUUCACUCCCUCCAAUGAGUUCAUUUCGUGGCAAUCCCACAAACAGCAUUCAACAGAUUGGCGGCAAUCCAGCUGCCCAUUCUCCCGCACUUUACAACUCUCCACAACCGCACAAUACAGCACAUGGUCCGAUGCCCAGCUCUGGACCCGGUCAUCCUGGUCAUCAUCCAUUGGCCAGUCACCAUGCGUCUCAGCAUAGUCCUGCUAUACAAAACGACGCGUUCGGCGUUGGUGGGGUAGGAGUUCCUGUAGGUGUCAAUAUUGGACCUAAAGCAACAAAUACGUCAUCUGUUGUUGGAGUUCCCGGACCAAGUGGACCUAACAGCUCUUUGCGUCAGCACAUGUACAUGACAUCAUCUACCGCAGACCAGUCCAUCAGCAGUUUUAGUUCAAAUCCCUCGACUCCUGUAAAUUCUCCACCCCCACUCACGCAAAGUGGUCUUGUGGGUCCAUCAAUGUUAGUAGACAAGGGCGGUCCUGGUCCAUCUGGUUCUGGUUGGGGACAUACAGUUAUGAACGGCGCUGGACCUAGCAGCAGCAGUAGUUCUGUGGCAGGCGGUGCUAGCGGUAGUUAUGCACCAGAAAUGGUGCCAUCCGGUCUUCAUUCAAUGGCGGCGGUGUUUCAAGGUGCUCGAAUGGAAGAGCGUCUCGACGAUGCACUCAAUGUGCUGCGCAAUCAUUGUGAACCCGAGCUGCUGGGCGGCGUAGGUGCAGCACUAUCUGCCAUGGACAACAUCGAUGGACUGUCCUCGUUCGUGCCAACCUCUCCGUCCGGACACGGUAUGGUGGCGAGUGGUGCCGGUCCAUCAGUGCUCAACACAACACACGACGUAAUGUCGGCGGGUCCGUCGUCCGUGCAAAAUGUGGGAGGAGUGGUGGGUGGCUUAGCGCCGCAAAUAAAAAUGGAACGCACUUCAACGGCUGUAUCUGGUACAACAUCGACUACAACAACUGGGCCAACAAAAGGCAAGAAACGAAAAGAUCCCAACGCAAGUGCAGCGGCGACUGCAAUAAGUAGUGGUGCUAGCAUUAGUGUUGGAAGUGGCGUUAACGGUCCUUCAACGUCCACGUUAAACAGCAUGAUCGAUGCCACCGACACAAAGCCCAGCAGCUCAAUGGAAAGCACACUUGGGUUGCCAUCUGGAAAGGGAUCGAAAAGACCACGACGUUAUUGCUCUUCAGCGGAUGAUGACGACGAUGCCGAACCAGCUGUGAAGGCAAUUCGCGAAAAAGAAAGACGCCAGGCCAACAAUGCCCGCGAACGUAUUCGCAUUCGCGAUAUAAAUGAAGCCCUAAAGGAACUGGGACGGAUGUGCAUGACACACCUAAAAUCAGAUAAGCCACAAACAAAAUUGGGCAUACUGAACAUGGCAGUAGAAGUGAUAAUGACGCUAGAGCAGCAGGUGAGAGAAAGAAAUUUGAAUCCUAAGGCCGCCUGUCUUAAGAGAAGAGAAGAAGAGAAGGCGGAAGAUGGACCAAAACUUGCAGCACAACAUCACAUGUUACCGCAACCUCCACCGGGAGUAUAUGGUCAACCUCCACAUCUACCACCGACAGCUCAAAGUGGCGUGCCACCUGGGGGACAACCACCACUGCAAGCCCAACAACAAGGUAUUCAACUGCCGCCACACCUACAGCCACACAAUCAGGCACCACAUGCACAAUAGCAGGCGCCAAGCAGCCACAUCGAUCCGCCCACUUCCCAUCUGCCAACAGAUAUCGUCGCCGUCGCUCAUCAGGCCAGUCAGCAUCAACAGCCGCAGCACCUGCAACCACCACCACAACUUCAGAGCUCCGGAUCUGAUUUGGAACAGCAUCUGUUAAAUAAUCUGAGCCUGUUUCGGCGUCGUCAUCCCACUGCGCAGUCUGGAUCCAACUCCACAACGCUGCCUCAACAGCUCCCCCCUCAUCCACAUCAUAUACAUCAUCAGCACCAAUUGUAGGCAUACAAACAAAGUGAUUUUCUCUUUUCUACCCCUCCCCCAGUAUAGUUGAAAAUUGUUGCUGCUGUUUCGUUGGAUGUCUUCAUCUACGUGCAUCUUAUAUAACGCUGAAUGGUGUAUGUCGUCAAACAAUAAUUGUAAAUAUUAAAUAUCAAGUGAUUUGAGUAAGAUUUUAAUUGUAAUUCCUUUUUUAUUUUUUUUUUGUCCUGCUAUAUUUUCGAUAACACUUUAUUCAAUUUUAUUUUUUUAUUUUCUAUUUUAUGUUACCAAUAGACAAGGUCCACCCACCACACAGGUGUUUUUUAAUUUUUUACUUCUCUUUUCAUUUUAAUAUAUUUUAGUUUCAUUUUAUUAUUUCUAAUUGUAUUAUACAUAUAGGAUUUCAUAAAUAUUUAAGAACUACAUACUCGUAUGUUAAACGUUUUUUCUUAGUGUUUGAUCAUUGUGUGCUCUCUUUUUUUUAGUUUGAUUUUCUAUUUUUUAGUAGUUAUUUGUAAAUGCUGAAUAUACAACAGCCAUAUUUUUCAAUUCUCAAUAUUUCUUAAAAUAUUUAAUUCAUUCACUUAAAAUUUCUUAAAGAAACAAAAAUCAUAUUUGUAUGUAUUGCUUUUUGAAGUAGGUAGAUAGAUUUAUUAUCAGUUUUAAUUUGUUCUUGUAGGUCCUUACAUUUUUACAAUAAUAACAAACAUAUCUGUGCAUAUUUCUUUUUAUUAUUUUAUGUAUUUUUGUUUCUACAAGAAUACCUGUGUUUAUAUGUAUCAAUAUUUCUUAUUGUUAAUUUUCCACUUCAUUUUCAUGUAUUUCAUAUUAAAAUAUAUAGUAUACUUUUAGGCUCAAUAUAAAAUGGUUUAAUACAGAGACACAGAUAAAAUUCAAUUGGUUUUUAUUUGUUUGCAAAAAGAAAUACAUAAUACAAAUUCAUAAUCACAAAUUUGUAGUUAUUUUUGUUUUAAAUACAACUAUUGUAUAUUGUUUUACAAUUCGGUCUUGUUUAUUUAUAAAUUUAUAUAAAGUAAAUUUAUUUAAGUGCUAUACGUGUUUAAGAAACAUUUGACGAUAGAAAAAUUCUAUGUGAUUUAUUAUAUUAUUAUUUAAAGGAAAUAUGCAAAAGCGGGAAAAUAUGAUUAGUUUUAUAACUUCAAACAUAGUUCUAGAACGUCUGUACUGGUUCUAUUCAUAGAACUAGUUUUAAGGUAUGCAUGUAAAAGUAAGGUCUAAAUGAGUGAUUUUUGUUUUAUAAGAUUAUUUGAGAAUAUUUAGUGGUGCAGAAGUAAUGUAUAAUCCAUUUUAAAUUCAUGAGGCAGUAUUCAUAAGAAGCUACCUUAUGCUAACUAGCUGCUUACCUUAUUGUAAAUGCAAAAAUUUCCGUAGGAGAAAGAAGGUAUGCAUGUUUGCUAGUUUACAAGUAUCCACUGAAUGGAUACUGGAAAUGUUUCCGUCAUCGAUAGUUCCAAUGAUGUUAUUAAAAAAGAUGAAGUGGAUUUCUUGGGAAAGGAAUUUAUUAAUUUACCUUGAGCUAUUUAUUUACCGAGGAUAUGAAAAGAUCUUUAAGCUACACAGUAAUUAACAAAUUUGGAAUGACUAUGAAAUAAGCAUUUUACAAAUAAUUCUCGUGCUAUAAAAAUUCUACCAAUUUCCACAUGAGAUAGGUAAUGAGUCACAAGUGUUAUAAAAUCCAAUAUUUCCGCUCAGAUUUUUGUUGAUAUUUUCUAGGACCGAGAAAAUACCUGAUUAUUAAAUGAAGUCUUGAAGUCUUCAAGUGGCAUGCAUGAUCGUCUGAUAUAAAUAACAAUCGAUAAAUUGUAGUUUAAGCUCCAAUAAACAUUAAGUGUGACAGCCCAUUUCCAAGAAAAUUUGAUAUUUGUCCGGGAAUGAUCCGAGUCUUACUUUUAAAAAUAGAUUUUUACUCCCUAGAAUGAACUUUUGACUUCUAAAGAAAUGUUACAUCAACCACACUUUCUAGGAAUAAUGUAAUUUAUCAUUUUGGAACAUCUUAAAAACUAAGUGCAAAUCAUCUAAAUUUUUCUAUUGUCUACGUUGAAAAUAUUAGCACUUAAUUAAUUAUUACUUUUCAAAUAAAUAUUUUAGUUUCAGCUCAUUUUGUCUAAAUCAAAAACAAUAAUUACAAAUGAAAUAAACUCGUCAUAUUAAAAGAUGCCAAUCGUAAUAUAGACAAUUUAAAGACGUUUCUUGGUUAUACUGUUUAACGUCAACGCCAGUUUAGUAAUUAAAAUGAGAUUAAAUUGUAACAUUUUUCUCAAUAUAAAAAAGGGCCAUAUAUAUAUUAAUUUUAAAAAAGGAAUUGUUUGUUAUACAUAUUUAUAAAUUUAGGGUCCUUGAAAAAAAAAACUGAAAGAAAAACCCAACACACCACACAGAAUAUAAUAUAAAAAGUAUAUCAUAAAUAAAACAAAAUCAAUAAAAAAAAAUAUAUACACAAAUGAGAAAAACACAAAAUGAUGAAAAUAAGUUAAAUAUUAUUAUACAUACAAUAUAAAUAAUUAAUAAAUAAAUAUUUAAAAUAUAGUUUAUAUAUACAUACAAAAGAAAUACAUAUAUAGUACAUUACAAUGUAUAUUUAAUUAAAAUAAUAAUAAAACAAAACAUUAAAUAACAAACAAAAAAACACCCCCAAAAGAGAUAGUAAUUUAAGACGAGAUAUUAGUGUUUAAGCCCUUUAAAGCCACAACAAUCAUUCCCUGCCAAGGGAUUUGAUUGUAUAUUAGAAAAUUCCAAGUAUUGCCAGUAAAAACACAAGAAAAAUGCUCAAAAAUAAAUCUUUACCGUUCUCUCAAUGUAACUAAAUUUCAGAAAGAGAAGAGCUUUUUGGUUAAAAUUUGUUUUGAAAAUUUAACAAAAGACCACUUCUAUACUAUACUGUUUUUGAAUCCAAAUUUUAAAAAAUUUAACUGAAUUUCUAAUAAAGUCCCUUUUGAAUUAAACAAAUUGUAGGCAAUAUUAGGUCUGUGGCUUAACAUUGUUUACUAUUCAGGGAUUUUAUUACAACUUUUGUUGAUAAAUAAUUAUUGCAACAUUUUUAUUUACAUUUAACAAGAAAAGACAAAAUGCUAAUAAACCAUUACACAUUAUGUAUGUAAUAUGUAUGUAUAAAAUACACAAAUUUAUAAAAAUUACAUCUAAGUUUAAUAACAAACAAAAUUAAAAAACACACAGCUUUACCUGGAAUUUUCAUUUAAAUUUGUAUGUAGUUUAGACCAAAAAUUUUUUAAACAAUAAAAUCGAAAUUUAAAUAGAACCAAUUGCAACAUAUUGGUUUUAUUUAUUUGUCUUAUAACCCAUUAAACAAAAAACAUGUAUUAUAGCAAAAUUUCAAAUUCAAUGUGGCAUUAUUAUUAUGUACUUUAUUUUAUUUUCCAUUAUUAUUUAACUUAAUUUUACUUCUUUUUUGUUAAAAGGCAACUUGAUAAAAAAAAGUUCUAUUUUCAUUAGAAAUCAAUCAUCAUCGUUUUUAGUAUGAAUUUUGUUUUAAUUUCCAUAUAAUUUUUUUAUAUUUUUUUGUAACUUUACCUAAGUAUUGUUUAACAAAAAUUUACACAAUCCCCAUUUUUUAUAAAUGUAUUAAUUUUUUUAAUAUUAUUUUAAAUGUAAUUAUUGUUUAAAUGUAUUUUUAAUUUUAUAAUAUCGUCGUCGUUGUCGUCAUAUUGCUCAUAAAGAAUGAAAAUAAAUCACAAAUUUUAUACUUAAUUUUAUUUUAAUUAUUUUCCUUUUAGUUUUUUUUUUAUAUUAUAUACAUAUAUUUUUUUAACAAAUAAAACACAUAUUAUUUUGUUUAUUUUAUUUGUGGUUGACAAAACAAAAGUACCACACAAUUUUAUGCAAAAUUCUUUCAACUAAAUUACAAAACAAACAACAACAACAAAAAUGCAAAAAUUAUGUUAUAUAAUAAAAGAAAAACCAACAAAAAACGAAAUAAAUAAAAUUUAUAAAAUAAUAAAAAAACAAACAAAA